AUGGAUGAAGGGUUAAAGAGAGCAGCUGGAUCAGGAAACAUUGAUGCCUUAUAUGCAUUAAUCCCUGACGAUGACAAUGUUUUCAAGCGUAUAGAUGGAAUGGAGUUCAUCGAUACGCACUUACACAUUGCUGUAGUUACAGGCAAUACCGGUUGUGCAAUGGAGAUAAUGAACUUGAAGCCAUCGUUUUCCAGGAAACUAAACCAAGAUGGGUUUUCCCCCAAUCAUCUAGCCUUGCUUAAUGGAAAACCAGAAAUGGUGAUUGAUUUUUUAUUUGUUGAUAAAAAUCUUGUUCGUCUUAAAGAGAGGGAGGGUUUUACUGUUGUUCAUUAUUCAGCUCGGGAUGUAAAUGUUCAUCUUUUGUCUCGGGUUUUGAAUACUUGUCCCGAUUGUAUCUUUGAUUUGAAUGUAAUGAGGCAAACUGCUUUGCAUAUUGCUGUAGAAAGCAAUAACUUUGAAGCAUUUAAAGUUGGAAUGGAUUUAGAGUGCGUUUGA